UUUGCAGACGUCUGACGGAGAAAAGGUGGUUAGAUGUGGUCACAUUGAACAAGUAGGUUCCGUAUUGCUACUGUUCGUACUGCAUACUCAGUUAUAUAUGAUUUUCUUUGAGAGUGAGAAGUGAGAAAGCAAGUUAAUUGAUAAGUAAUAGAAAUGGUUUCAUGGACAGACAGAAUGUUUAAAAAAACAUGGGCUUCGUUGGGAAACAAUAAGGUAUCUUGGUGGCGAUUUAUCCUAUAUUUUGACACUUGGAGUCCGAUGUGUUUUUUAAAAUGUUAUCCAUCACAAAAUAAAUCUUUGAAUGAUAAGGGCUUGCUGUGUGUGUGCACCAAACUACGAAGGAGUGUGAACGAAUAUAAAAACAGCAUUUUCCGUGGUUUGAGCGGUCGGCCUCGCGCUCCGAACUGCUGGAUUGGUGUGUGCGUGGUCCUGGAACCAGUCUGAAGACUAGAACAAUACCCGCAUGCUACAAGGAAUAAACUCUGGUAGCCCGUCUGAUUGGUAAUUACCUUAUUGAGAUCACCCGGAUCUUUAUUAAAGCAGCAGACUAGUAAGUAUUCUGUGCCAGAUACAUUUCUUCAGACUGUAGUCUACUGAUGUCACUAAAAUCUAAGUUGGUAGAUUUGGACCAGUUUGCUCUAACAACGAUGCAACUACUAAAUCCUGAGUAGAAGGCUCUUCGCCUCAAAGAACGUCGUGUUCACUGUUCUGUAAAGUAAUAACGUUGCUUUGAAUUCAGCAUUGCUGUGAUGAUGAGGUGAAUGUAUACCAGUCGGAUGUUAUCAGCAAAAUGUAGAGUUAAUGAAGGAAUAGAAUCAGCAGGUGCCUGAUAAGAUCGGAGGAAUGUUGUGCUAUCAGGUGACUCAUACUAUUGUUCCACUAUCAGCCCUGAUAAGUCCAUGUAGAUGUUCUGAUAAGUCCUUCCGCUGCAAGAAAUGCUUCCAGUCUUGCAACAUGUCGAGUAGCAGAAUAUUCAAUAAUGACUCUGAGCUGGAGAUAUUCUCGCUGGUUACAGGCUGCUUCUCUGUGCUGGCAGUGGUGAUCCUUGCCAUUGUGGUGAUACAGCUGAACAGCAGAAUUCAGAAACUGAAGAGGCAAGUGGCUCUCCAUACACGCGUGGAUCUCCACUCAUUCCACAAUCCAACGAUCCAGCCCGAUGAGGAACUCGCAAAGCGAGGCUUCUCCAUGUACAAAGGGCAAGAGGACAGAGGCAGGGCUCCCGGCAUGCCAGAGAAAGACGAAUACUUCGGGAAUUUUAGCGCCCAGCCCCGGCACGCCAGCCAUCGUUAUUGAAACGACCGAGUAUGUGAACAUUUAUAUAACAUUUGUUUUGUAUAAGUAAGACUUGCAGACAUGGCCAGUUACAGAGUAGCCAGACAAGUGAACCAUGCUGUAUGGAUAUUAGCGAGGAUAAAGAAAUGAGAAGCA